AUGCCGCCGUGCCACGCGCUAUCUGUGUCCGACGCCUUAGCAGAAAGCACACCCUUGCCACCUAAUACUGCUGGCUCUCCUCGCGCUAGUAGUCCGCGCGGUACCAGCUUCUCCGCCACUCCGUACAAGACGCCGUUUCGCCUCCCCGCGUCGUCGAGCAUCGUUCAAGAUGCCGUCGCCAUGCACCACGCCGCGUACGGCUGGACGGACGACUCUGCCGCGAAUCACGGCGAAUCCAGCGGCGGCGGCGCGGGUGCGGGAGGAGCGGCGGAGAAAAGAGCCCGGGGGAGCGGCGGGUUUGGUAGCAGCACCGCGCUUGAACUGACCCCGCCAUCGUCGCCGUCCAGUGCGGCGGCAGAUGCGCACUCACUCGCUGACAGCCUCCGCGACCUAGCUUCUAAUACUCAAAAUGUCACUACCGACGUUGCUGUUUCUACUGCGGGUGUUUGUGGUGAAUCUGACGCUGACGCUGAUGCUGAUGCUGGUGUUAGAGCCGCCACGAAUCCGAAUCAGACCAGCGUUAAUGGCGGGCGACACGAAGAGUCCUCGCAGCAGCACGAGGGCACGGAGCACGAAAGCCCCGCGCGCCAGUUUGUCCGCGACCUUGCGCUUGUCCGCGCGCUCAUCCUUGCGGACGCAUGCACUGUGGCGGAAGCGAGUCGGCGAAUGGCAGCCCGCCACGUGGACGCGUGUCUGCUGACGGACGCCAAAAGCGGCAUGCUGUGCGGUAUACAGACGGACCGUGACGUGGCGGAGCGGUGCGUGGGGGAAGGGCGCUCCCCGCAAUCCACCCCGUGCCACGCGGUCAUGACGCGCGAUCCGCAAUUCGUAUCGCUGCACGCGCCUGCUGCUGUCGCGCUGAAGAAAAUGAUCUCUUCAUCCCCUUCUUCUCCCCCCCCUCCCCCUCCCUCUCUCUUCCUCUCCCACCCUCCCCUCUUCUCCCUCCUCCCCUUUCUCCCCGCUUCUGUUUUUCCUCCUCCACAGUCUGUUGGUUGCUGCUUGCCAGCGUUGUCUUUCCCUUCUGCCCGCUUUCCCCGCUACGCGUUCCAAGUGAUAUAUUUCUCUGUUGCCCGCAGGAAAGUUUCGGCACCUGCCGGUGGUGGACGGCGGGGAGGUGGUGGCGAUGCUGCCCGUGCGCAGCUGCCUGGCGGAAGCGCUGCUGCGCGCGGAGGAAGUGCGGGGAAAGGGCGCAGAUGUGGCGGAAGCACUGAAAGAGGCGGAGCGGACGGGAGGGGCCGACAGCGCGGCUGCUGGUACGUGGCACUGACGAGACAUUCCGUUUCUGCUCCGUUUCUGUCCGUUAUCUUUUCCGUUUCCACUCUUUUCUGCUCCCCCUCACUCGUUUUCAUUCCUCUAUCCCGUGUUCUCCGUGUCAACCCCUCUCUCUCCGCUCCCUCUCGCUUCUCCCCUUCCCUCCCUCUCCCCCGUCUCUCCCUCCCUUCCCCCGGCUCUCCCUCCCAUCGCCCGUGCUGCGUGCAGCCACUCUACGUGCGCUGUGCGACGGCGUCACUCGUCCCAUCAUGUCCGCGCUCUUGGCGCCACACACAAGGCCCGCGGCGGUGCGCACAACGGACUCUGUGGCAGCAGCAGCGAAGGCGAUGCUCGUAUCGGACUACUGCUCGUAUUGGCCCUAACCCUCUUCCUCCCCUACCCCCGCGCGUCAGGCCCGCGGCGGUGCGCACAACGGACUCUGUGGCUGCGGCAGCGAAGGCGAUGCGCAGACACGGCGUGACGGCCGUGCUCGUAUCGGACUACUACCACCACUUGCGACUUUUGAGAAUUCUCAAAAGUCGCACCCAUGCUUUCCUUCUCCCUGGUGCUUCUCUCUCACGACUUACUUCCGCCAUCCCUCUCGUACCUCACGUCCCGCCCAUCGCCCAACCAUUUCUCGUUCUCCAACGCUACCCCCUGCCUCCCUUUCCCGGCACCGAGCCCCCGUUUCCAACUGAAAAAUCUCUGCCCCUCUGUCUCACGCUGCACUGCGCUAUCCCCCGCCUCUCCAUUACCCUGCACUGCCUGCCUGCACUGAGCUACCCGCGUCUCAUAACCGAGUCUUCCUCCCUCGCUAGCCUCAUCCCCUCCACUGUCCACACUACCCUGCCCCGUGGAUCCCCCAUCUGCCCCCUCUGCCCCUCUGCCCCGGGUGCGUCUCCCCUCUCCCCCUCUGCCCGUGUGCCCCUGCUGCCUGCCAGUUCGCGCGACAUUCUUCUGCGUGUCAUCGCAGCGGGUUUGGACCCCACCAACGUGCUCGUAGAGCAGGCCAUGACUCACGCCCCGGUGACAGUCCCAAUCAGCGCGUGUCUGCUGCAGGGUCUGCGUCACAUGGACUGGGGGGGCUUCUCGCAUCACCUCUCAAACCACCGCCUCUCCUCCCCCACUCUCCCCCCCGCAUUACCAACAGGCCAUGACCCACGCCCCCAGGCGGGCGGUGGGGUGGGCACUGGGGGCGGUGGGUGGGUUGGGCACGCGUGUCUGCUGCAGGCGCUGUGCCACAUGGACUGGGGGGGCUUCUCACACCUUCCUGUCACGGACGCUGACGGCAGCUGUGUGGCAUGUGUGGGAGUGACGCCCAUCCUCUCUGCUCUCUUCACGGGCCAGCAUUGCCGUCACCUACAGUUGAGAGACAUACUCACCCAUUUCCCUCUCCCCAUAAAUUCCUCUCUUCUCCCUUAUCCCGCUUACCCUCUCCCUCUCCAUUUCCCCUCCACCCAUCUCCGCGCCUCUCCCCCACUGCAGCAGCAGGCGCAGCAGCUGACUGCCGCCAUGCGGGAGGCAGUGGAGGGGGCAAUGCAGCACGCGCAGCAGCUGCCUGCCGCCAUGCGGGAGGCAGUGGAGGGGGCAAUGCAGCACGUGUGGGGCUCGGCACUAGAAGGGGCGGAAGGGGAGGACGAAGGGGAGGAGGGGGAGAGUGAGGAGGAGGAGGGAGAGAGUGAGGAGGAGGGAGAGAGUGAGGAGGAGGGAGAGAGUGAGGGGGAGGAGAGUGAAGGGGCGGGGGAGAGGAUUGGGGAAGAGGUGGAGGAGGACGAUAGAGUUGAGGCUACGGCUGGGGGGAACGCAGGGAGGGGUGCUGCUAGAAGGGAGGGGUUGGGGCAAGAGGAGGCCGAGGGAAGUGGAGGACGCAGGAGGCAGAAACCCUCUGAUGUGAAUCGUGGUGCUCUUGAUGAUGCUGGUGGUGAUACUGCUGUUGCUGGUGCUGCUGCUGCUGGUGCUGCUGCUGCUGCUGCUGCUGCUGCUGCUGCUGCUGCUGCUGCUGCUGCUGCUGCUGCUGCUGCUGCUGCUGCUGCUGCUGCUGCUGCUGCUGCUGGUGCUGAUGCCGGUGCUGCUGGUGGUGCCACUGCUGCCACUCGUGCUGCUUCCCGCUCUACCUUCGAUGCAUGGAGUGGCAUUUACACAGAGGCAGGGACAGUGGGGGAGGGUGGGGAUGCAGAGGAUGGGUAUGAGGGGGGAGGGGAGGAACUCUCCAUUGCUGGCGGCUUCCCCCCUCACUUCCCUCGCUCUGCUGCUGGUGCUUCUGGUGCUGCUGCUGCUGCUGCCGCUGCUGGUUCUGCUGCGUUUCAUCAGCCCGGAGGGUUUUAUGGAGGGGAAAGGAUGGCUUCUUCUGCUGCUGCUGGUGCUGCUGGUGGUAUGGCUGGUGCAGUUGGUGUUGGUGGGUUUGCUGGUGCGUAUGCAGGAGCAGCCAUAGCUAGACCUGCUACUGCCGCUGCUACUGCUCCUCCUCCUCCUGCCGCUGCUCCUGCCGCUGCGACUGCACGUGGAGCCGUGACUCCUAUGACGGGCAGCAGCAGCUGCAGCACGCCCUCGUGUGCGUCUGUGUGCUCCUCCGCGGCCCUGCUGCCGUUCAAGCUCAUCGACCACCGCGGCCACGUGCACCGCUUCAUGUGUGCAUGUGAGUCGCUGUCGGAUCUGAUGAGUGCGGUGGCAGCACGCCUAGCAUGGGACUACGAUCCUACCAGCCCGCCCACUGUCCUCUACAUGGACGAGGAUGGUGAUCGGGUGGUGCUGGACUCAGAUGAUGACCUGCGCGUUGCCCUCGCUGCUGCUGCUGCUGCAGCUGCUGGUCACCGCUCCCAGAUUCUCUACUCUACGUUGAUCUUCUCGCGCGCUCUGUAUCUCACCCUCUCCCGCUCGCUCGUCCAUCUUGCCUUUCUCAGCCGCUCAUCGUUUUCCCUUUUUCUCAUUGUGUUUCCCUCUCUUCUCCCCAUGUCCUGCUAA